AAGUUUUGUAAAUAAUCCAUAAUGUUACUGAAAUGUGAAUGUUUUUGUUAAGUUGCAAGGCUUUUCGAUACUUUUCUAGAAAGUUACGGUGUAUUUGUUAUGUGUUGUCCGUUUGAGUUUGAGAAAUGUCAGUGGAACUGGAAGUGGAUAGAGUUGUUCAUUGAAUAACUUGUUGUUGCAUGGUGAGAUGUCGUCAGUGCACUGUGUGGUAGUGUGGGAGUGGCAGUGCAAUGGGCAGUGGCUGCCGCACUCGCCUGGGGUGGCCCGCACAUUGGAGCGGGCUCACGCCAAGAAGCUGACCAGGGUGGUGUUGGCUGAUGCAGACCCCGCUCUCAAGGGGCACUAUGUAAAUUUGUUGACUCUUACACAAUGCUCUGAUGCUCCAGAGAGCGGGACUGUGGGAGCGGAGUGCGCGGUCAGACGUGCCUGCUACAGCGUGCAGUCGCCGGGCGGGCGUGGGGCGCGCUGGGACUGGGCCCUCGUCACAGACUCCGCUCGCGCCUCCCGGUUGCACUACGAUCCCCUGCCCAUGCAGGUGCAGUGCGUGUUGGAGGAGGCUUGGUCGCAGGGUCUGGAGACGGUGGCGUUCGAGGGCUGGGUGGCGUCGCUGUCGCGCAUGACGGCCCGCGCACGCGCCGCCCCGCCCGCGCUGCGCCUGCUGCGCCGCGCAGCACAGCCACCGUACCCUCUCACUCCGCACAGUCGUCGGCCACGCAUACCGCAGCAGCACACAGGCUCCAGCGUACAAUCUGUGCAGUCAAUGAAUUCUGUGCACUCUGUGACGUCGGUGCAGUCGGUGCCAGCAAUAGGUCUCCACCCUGUGGGUCAGGAGCAGGCCCGCAUGGGUCGCGGCGUUCAGUCGCAGCCACCCUGCGGCAAGGAGGACCUGCCCGGCGCCCGCAGCGUCUCGCCGCGGGACAGGAAGCCCGGCCUCGCCAGGCAGAUACUGCACAACCUCAAUAUAUUUAGUAACAGCAACAACAACAACACCAGCAAGGCGGCUGCGGCUGCAGCAGCGGCGGAGUGCAGCGCGGAGGAGUCGCGCGACGAGUGCGGCAGCACGCGCUCCGGCCGCCGGCACAGCGUCGACACCGUGUCCACCUACCUCAGCCACGAGAGCAAGGACAGUCUGCAGCAGGCGGCUGUGGGCGAGCUGCUCAACUGCAGCGCCGGCAGCGACGACGUGUUCGAGGCGCCGCCCCCUCGCUGCCCCGCCCCACUCGACCCCCUCGUCGCACACGCCCCACACGCCGCCCACGCCGCACACGUCGACCUCCUCGACGCGCACGACACAUACGUUUCAGAGGAGGCAGAGGCGAGCGACAGCGACAGCGAGUUUGAGGAGGUGUCCGGGGCCCAGGCGCAGGCGCAGGCGGAGGCGGAGGCGGCGCGCUGGGGCUGGCUGGAGCGUGGUCUGCCGCACUGCGACCCGCACGAUGAGGAGGCUGCGUACUUGGAGUGCGGCGUGUGCGGCGCGUGCGGGCAGGUGUGCGCGGAGGGCGGGGCCGGGGGCGGGGCCGGCGCGGGCGGGGGCGGGGCCGAGGGCGAGCAGCCGCGCGGCAGCAUGGCGUGGCGCCGCCAGUCCGCCGCGCUGCCCGCACACCCGCACUCGCACACCAUACUCGUCACCUACACGUUCCAGUCGGGGCGGCAGGGGGCGCGGCACCCGGCGCCCGGCGCGCCGUACUACGCGGUGGGCUUCCCGCGACACUCGCUGCUGCCCGACACGCCGCUCGGACGACAGGUGCUGUCGCUGCUGCGCGAGGCGUGGGAGCGGCGGCGGCUGUUCACGGUGGCGGCGUCGCGCACCACCGGCCGCGAGCACGUGGUGGCGUGGCGCGUACUGCCGCCGCCCUCGGCGCCGCACCACUACCACAGCGGUGACGACGAGCUGCGCGCCGCCGCCCGCCGCCUGGCGCGGCUGCUGCGCGACUGCCCCGCCCCGCCCGCGCGUUCAGCCACCAACUCCUCCUUUGCACCGUCCUGCAGAGUUAAGGUAAUGCUCAUACACUCAGGCUUCCUACGCUAG